AUGUUUAAAUUUAAUUUUGAAGUGGACUCAUCUGAAGAUCCGGAGGCCGUUAAAAGUCCCAUUUUUGACAAAGAAGCUGAUGCUGAAGAACCCGAUUCGGGAAAAUCAAAUGAUAUAGAUUGGUACCAGGCGGAGAAAGUUAAGCCCAUAGAUAACCUUAUUGCCACAUUGGAUUUCUACGAGCUGAAUGCCAAGGAAAUAGAAGUGGGAAAUACAACGAUAAAACACCUCGUGGCCGGCUUUUUGCUGGACGAUAUUAAAGCCCAAUCCGAUCUGCAGGAUCUGGAUAUUAGAAAAUCCGAGGAUAACCAUUCCGAUCUAAUAGCCGGGGUCUACGAAGGCGGUGCUAAAAUAUGGGAAUGCACAGACGAUCUUUUACAAUAUCUAUCCGAAAAGCACGAGGAUUUGUUCUGGAAGGACAAACGAGUUUUGGAUUUGGGAUGUGGUUCCGGCUUGCUGGGGAUCUAUGCCAUUAAAAACGGAGCACGAGUCGAUUUUCAGGACUAUAACAAAGAUGUUUUGGAAUACAUCACAUAUCCGAAUAUCCUGCUAAAUGUGGACGAAACGCUAACUGACGAUGAAAAGCUGGAUUUUUUGGACAAGAACACAAGCUUGUACGCUGGAGACUGGUCUCAUUUCGCCCAGCUAACGAAGGAGGUGGAGAAAUACGAUCUAAUACUUACCUCUGAGACAAUCUACAAUAUUGAAAAUCAGAAAAAACUGUUGGAAACUUUUGCUGGUCGCUUGAAAUCAGAUGGAAUCGUUUUGGUCGCUGCAAAAUCCCAUUAUUUUGGAGUAGGAGGUGGCUUGGAACAAUUUUCGGCCAAGAUCAAGCAGGAAGACGUUUUUCAAAGUGAAAGUGUCUGGCAAGCAGACGAAAACUUGAAAAGAGGCAUUUUACAAUUAAAAUUUAAAUAAAUUAAAGUUGUUGGUGAA